GAGUGGGGAGCUUUACCUUCGCUGGCUGCGGGGCUGGCUGCGCUGCUGGCUUUGGGCACCUGGAGAGCUUCCCGACGCCCACCUUUUUACCAGCCGCGCCGUGGGGUCUACCCGGCUUUGCCUUUCUUGACUAGGUCCGUGCUGCCGGGCUCCGGCCCCAGAUAACAUGAUGGUGGGUGAAGAGAAGACGUCUCUAAGAAAACGGCUGUCAAAGUCCAGGGAAAAUUCAGAGGAAAGGCAAGACCAGAGAAGCCCUUCAAAGGAGUCCCUAGAGACACCUAGUAAUGGUAGGAUUAACCUAAAACAGUUGAUGGCAAAGAAGAUACAGUUGACAGCAGAGGCAGAGGAAUUGAAGCCAUUUUUUAUGAAGGAAGUUGGCAGUCACUUUGAUGAUUUUGUGACCAAUCUCAUUGAAAAAUCAGCAUCAUUAGACAAUGGUGGGUGUGCUAUCACAAGCUUUUCUGUUCUUGAAGGAGAGAACAACCACAGAGCUAAAGAUUUGAGAGCACCUCCAGAACAUGGAAAGAUUUUUGUUUUAAGGCAGUCUCUCUUAGAUGAGCUGUUUGAGGUGGACCACAUCAGAACAAUAUAUCACAUGUUUAUUGCCCUCCUCAUUCUCUUUAUCCUCAGCACACUUGUUGUAGAUUACAUUGAUGAAGGAAGGCUGGUGCUUGAGUUCAAUCUCUUGUCUUACGCUUUUGGCAAACUUCCCAUUGUUAUGUGGACAUGGUGGACUAUGUUCUUGAGUACACUUUUAGUUCCCUAUUUCCUCUUCCAACGUUGGGCCAGCGGCUACAGCAAGAGUUCUCAUCCAGUGGUCUAUUCUCUCUUCCAUUGCUUCCUUUUCACGGUCUUCCAGAUUGGAGUUCUAGGUUUGGGACCAACAUACGUUGUAUUAGCAUAUACCCUACCACCAGCUUCCCGCUGCAUUGUUAUACUUGAACAGAUUCGUUUCAUAAUGAAGUCCUAUUCAUUUGUCAGAGAGAAUGUGCCUCGGGUAAUAAAUUCAGCUAAGGAGAAAUCAAAGACGAUUCCAGUACCCACAGUCAACCAGUACUUGUACUUUUUGUUUGCACCUACCCUCAUCUACCGUGACAACUAUCCCAGGACUCCCACUGUAAGGUGGGGUUAUGUUGCUGUGCAGUUUUUACAGGUUUUUGGUUGCUUUUUUUAUGUGUACUACAUCUUUGAAAGGCUCUGUGCCCCCUUGUUUCGGAAUAUCAAACAGGAGCCCUUCAGCGCUCGUGUUCUGGUCCUGUGUGUAUUUAACUCCAUCUUGCCAGGUGUGCUGAUUCUGUUUCUCAUGUUUUUUGCCUUUUUGCACUGCUGGCUCAAUGCCUUUGCUGAGAUGUUACGCUUUGGUGACAGGAUGUUUUAUAAGGAUUGGUGGAACUCUACAUCAUACUCUAACUAUUACAGGACCUGGAAUGUGGUGGUUCAUGACUGGUUGUAUUACUAUGCUUACAAGGACUUUCUCUGGUUUUUCACUAAGAGAUUCAAGUGGGCUGCCAUGUUAGCGGUCUUUGCUGUUUCUGCCAUAGUGCAUGAAUAUGCCCUGGCUGUUUGCUUGAGCUUUUUCUAUCCAGUGCUUUUCGUGCUCUUCAUGUUCUUUGGAAUGGCUUUCAACUUCAUUGUCAAUGACAGUCGGAAAAGGCCAAUUUGGAACGUUAUGAUGUGGACUUCCCUUUUCGCGGGCCAUGGAGUCAUCCUGUGCUUUUAUUCCCAAGAGUGGUAUGCACGUCAGCAUUGUCCUCUCAAAAAUCCCACAUUUCUGGAUUAUAUCCGGCCACGUUCCUGGACUUGUCGUUACGUGUUUUAGAAGCUUGAACUUUGUUUCAUUCCUUGACACUGAAGAUGGGUAUUCUGCCUGAUCUGGGGCCAGCAUCUGUUUCCAGCUGUUACUGAAGUUAUCUGUGGUAUUUGGAUCACUCUGCACUUGACAGAUGGCUUGCUCCAUUCCUCCGUUAGCUGAGAUGUUGCAAGUUUACUGGAAUCUUGUGCACUUAAAGUAGUACUUUUUUUUUUUUUUUUUACCUUUUUGGGAGAAGGGAGACUUAUAUAGCUGACAUAAUGACAGAUUUUUGCUGGGUUUUUGUUUUUUGACUCCCAUCUAAACAUUGUGACUAAACAGCAUGUUUCCUUGGCCACUGACUUAGCCAAAACACUUAUGAAGAAAUCAUUUAAAUAUUUCAGGCUUAGAAAUUUUUUUCAGGCACACUGUUGGAAUGUAUGCUAAUUAACUAUGUACUUAGGAAAGAAAAGAAAAUAAUGUGGAACAUUUUGUUAUCUCUAGUAGAGCGAAAAUCUCUCAUUUCCAGAGAUAAUCUCGUUAUACAUCCUAAUGGUAUUUUUUUUUGGAAAGAAGUUCAGUUCUACUCAAUUUUUACCUUGUUUUCUCUAUAAAGUGUAGGUCAUGAUUUUUGUGAAGCAAGAUUAUACCUUUCACCUUGAAUUCUUGAGUUUAUAUCCGAAAUCUUACAUAGUGAGGGAACAGAAAGAAGUGGCACAGGACAAAGAAAAGACAUUUCCUUUUACAACUUCCAAAGUAAUUUUUAAAAAAGACUUGCUGAGCCAAUCGUAUGUUUAAAUUAUUUUAUCGUGGAACUUAUGUGGAGGAUAACUUUUUUUUGCUGUUUAAACUUUAAUAACUUUUGGGAAGUUAUUUAGAAGUACCCUUUGGUAAACUUAUUGUUUAAUAAAUACUGACUUGAAAUAGUUGGCAGGCUAGUAAGUCUGUAACAUAUAAGUAUUAAUCACCUCCAGUAAUAUUAAAGUGAUUUUUAAAGAUCCAGAAGCUGGC